GUUCUAUUAUCAAUUUGAAUACCGUUAUUUUGAAUUUGGCUAUAUUGUUGUCAAUUUGAACACCGUCGUUUUGAAUUUGAUUAUAUUGUUGUCAAUUUAUCAUUUUGAACGCUGUCGUAUUGAAUUUGCUUAUAUUGCUCUCAAUUUGAAGAAUUUGGUUAUAUUAUGUGAAAAAAAUUUGUGUUUCACUGUAAAAAAGAAAACCACACCGCUUAUUUGCAGCAACAGUUAAAGAAAAUAAAAAAAAAAAUGGCAGCAGCAAUAUUAUUAGGAACUUACGUGCAGGGACAAGAGAAAAUCAAUUUACUUGCAGGGACAAGAGAAAAAUAGUGGGUGCAUUAAUUACUCUUUAUCCUGUUCAAAGCAAUCUUGACCUUCUAAAAUGGCUGAAGGCCUGCAACAUACACGCGCAAUGGGUGAUGAUGAAACCACCGUCAACAGCCAAUAUCUUCCUUCUCCGAUUACCGACGACGUACCUUCGAAGCAGCUGCCGGAAGAACUCAUCGUUGAUAUCCUUUUGAAGCUUCCGGUGAGAUCCCUCCUUCAAUGUAAGUGCGUUUGCAAAUCUUGGAAAACCCUAAUCUCUAAUCCCCAAUUCACAAAAACCCACUUUCUUAACUCUAUCGAUUCUCCACAAUUGUUCUCUAGCGGAAUCGGAGUCCGCCGUAAUCCUAACGAAAUAUUAUCUUACCCUGUUAAACCAUUGUUGGAAAAUCCAUCAAACUCGAUUACACCACUUAACUUCAGCAUGGAACACUGUUAUGAUAUUCUUGGUUCAUGUAAUGGGUUGCUUUGUUUGUAUGAUAUUUAUCAACAUAAUUUCACAUUAUGGAAUCCUUCUAUCAAUUUGAAAUCCAAAACAUCUCCAACCAUUAUUUUAUCUGAUACUGAAAUUAUCAUUGAUUAUGGUUUUGGCUAUGAUCAAAUUAAUGACAAGUACAAGGUGCUAGUGUUUGUGCUACAUGAGUAUGAGAAAACUGCAAGAAUUUAUACAUUUGGUGAAAAUAUUUGGAAUACUUUUCCAAAUUUCCCUUGUUAUCUUAACAGUCAAUUAGGUAUAUAUUUGAGUGGCACUUUGAAUUGGAUAGGUAAUAAAGAUAAUGAAUAUGUGCUUAUUUCCAUUGAUCUUGAGAAGGAAAUUUAUGGAGAAGUGUUGCUGCCCCGACAUGAUGAUGCUGACAAUGUUCGCAGUACUCACUUGAGUGUUUUGAGUGACUGCCUUUGUGUGAGUUUUGAUUAUAAAACUCAUUGGACUGUGUGGAUGAUGAAAGAGUAUGGAGUUGCUGAGUCAUGGACUAAAUUGAUGAUCAUCCCUCAGCAGGAGUUUAAGUUAAUUUGGAAGCCCUUGUUCAUGUCAGAAAAUGGUGCUGUUCUGGUGAGGACAAUGCGAACAGCAGGUUCCACACUUGUCCGGUAUGACUUAAAUAAUGGUCAGAUUGAUUGUCUUGCGAUUUUGGUCAACCUCGGGAAGGUGAUUAUUCACCAUGAGAGUCUAAUUUCGCCACAACGGUAAUCUAAAGUUGAGACAAAUGACAAAUCAAAGUAGUAUAGGAAGUGCUCCUUACAAGUAACUUAUCCUAAACAAGGAGAAAGACAUAAAGCUGCAACACCAUUCCUGAAGGAUUUAAAAGCAAGCUACAUGAUGAUAGUCCAUAACCACCACUAUGUACCUUGCUAAGUUUACUGUUAAGUUGUUACAAAAUUUGCUUUACAAAUUUCAUUCUAGGUGAAGAGAUUAUGUUUAAGUUGAUUUCAUGUUUGAUAGUUGAUUUGGGUUGUACUUUAAGUGAUUAUCAAAGUAACAGAGACAGCACAGAGCUGUGUUUGUACUUAAAAACUGCUUGUUUUAAUAAUUUUUUUAAGUUGAA